AUGCUCGGUUAUGUCUACUGGCCUAAUCGCAACGAAGGCGGUAUACCCUCGGUGCCGUCCUCUGUCAAGACAGCCAUGAUGUGUUCCACACUAGCGGGUACAAUGGUCGGCCAGAUAGGAUUCGGCUUCGCGGCAGACAUAUUGGGCCGACGAAAAAUGUAUGGUCUUGAGCUGGUAAUCGUCAUCGUUGGCACAAUGCUGCUGCUCAUGAGUUCGAACGGGGAGAAGAACAGCAUGGCAAUUGGAGGAUGGCUGAUCACCUGGCGAGCGAUCAUGGGUAAGAAGCGAAUUGAUGUCAUUACUGCCGAGUUCGCACCUCGCAAACAUCGUGCGCGAAUGUUGAGCUGGGUUUUCUUCGCCCAACCUGUUGGACAGCUGCUCGCCAAUGUUCUAUCACUUGCUGCAGUGGAGUCGUACAAGCCAUGGAUCAAGGAGGCCACGCAGUCUUGUCAGCCUGCCGACUUGGAGUGCUUCCGAGCUAUCGAUCGACUUUGGAGGCUCGUAGUUGGGAUCGGCAUUGUGCCGGCUCUCAUCGCUCUGCUCUUUCGAUUCACGAUACCAGAGAGUCCGAGGUAUACGCUGGACAUCUUGCAAAACACAAAAAGCACCCUCGAAGAUACGGCGAACUACUUUGGUGCGCCCGGAACAGACCCCGAACAUGGCGAGAGGGAACUGCUAGAUCUGGCUGCAACACAGGAAGUUCCGAGGCCUGUAUCGAGGCAAUCGACCAACGCUUCGGUGAUUGCACCCGACGAGGAGAUUGAGAGCGACAGUGACUCCGGACACCGACUCAGUGACGUACAUCUUCGUCCCGCCGCAGUGCCUCGCGGCCGGCUUCCUCCAGGCGACCCGGAUUUUGUUCCUCCACUUGCCUCGUGGGCCGACGCAAAACAAUUCUUUGUAGUGGAAAAAAACUGGCAGUACCUUCUAGGAACGUCGUUGGCCUGGCUGUUUCUCGAUUUCGCGUUCUAUGGGUUGGGCCUCUCUUCACCAGAAAUUGUCAGCCACAUCUGGCAGGGAAACAACAACAGCAGAUCUUCCGUCUACCAGACGUUGAGUGAUAAUAGCAAACACACCCUGGUGAUGGUUUCCAUAGGGACAGUUGUCGGCGGCCUGCUAAUGAUCAAGAUUGUCAAGCAUGUGUCGCCAAAAGUGAUUCAGUUCUGGGGGUUCUUGGUUCUAUUCGUUCUCUUCAUCGUAACCGGAAGUGCUUGGACCAACCUACUCGACAGCAGUCGCUCGGGACUCAUUGUGCUUUACGUGCUCAGCCACAUCGCCUUCAACCUGGGACCGAAUGUGACGACUUUUAUUAUCCCUGCCGAGAUAUUCCCUACGAGGUACCGGUGCACCUGCCACGGCAUAGCUGCGGCUAGUGGCAAACUCGGGUCUUGGGUGGUGCAAGUCUUUCUGGCAUAUGCAUUCCAAUCCGACAAAUCCGAACCCACAAGCGAUUUUGAAUGGGAACGCAAGAAUUUCGGACAUAUCCUGCAAGUAAUGAGCGCUUUCAUGCUAGCAGGUGCCGUAACAACAUAUUUCUUGGUCCCGGAAACAAGAGACCACGAUAACAAGAGUCGGACACUGGAGGUUUUGGCGUGUGGCAAGAAGGUUAUCGAUGAGCUGAACCGCCAGCGGAAGAAGGAAGAUGAAGACGACUGA